AUGGUUGCUACCGUGGGUACGCUCAAGAACCCCACAAUUACCUGGCCAGCCAGUCUCGUAGGAAUUCCAGACUCCAAUUCAAAUAUGGCUGAAAUCUCCUUGCCGACGUCAAUAUCUGCUCUGUCUCCACACGCCACUUUAGCUGCAUCUUUGGCCGCGGCACAACAGCAGCAGGUGUUGAUGUCUGCUCUCCGACAGAAUGGUGCCCAACAGUCUGCAGUCCUCAUCCAUCAGCUCAACCCCAGCUGUAACGCGUCUUCGACAAUUCUCCCCGCACAAUUCAGUGCUCUCAUCCCAUCAGCAACAACCUUUGCUAGUUUACGCAAUGCAGCUCAAAAACUGAAGCAACGAGAAUAA